AUGGCUGAAGAAUUAAAGGGGAAGGUAACACUGCAAGAAAAAAAGGGGCAGGGGACUGUCCCUUCAGACAGCUCUGGGAGCCACAAAAAGGGGUGGAUGGAGUUGAGCCAGAGUUACAACAGCUCUGCUUUGGACUAUUCAGAAGAUACCUUUGAGUCCUUCAGUGAGGAGGAGGAGAUCAAACCAUCUGGCUCCUGCUGUCCCACAGAGGAUUUGGAGGGCUCAGAUGUGUUGGAAAGCACAUCAUGGUUGGCAGGCCAAAGUCAUGCAGAGGAGCAAUCUGAAGGAGUGGAUUCUGCAGCUCUGGAAAGAGUUGCCAUAGGAAAAUGGAUUGAUGCCAUGGGAAGAUGGAGAGAUCUGAAAAAUAAAGAAGCUGAGGUUAAACAGGACAACUCUGUCAGGAAAACUCAUGGUGAAAUUCUUGAAUUAUUUGAUGGAGAACUGGAUGCUCUCAGGUCUUUUUGCACCAGGAAGAUAAAUGGGAUGAACCAGCAGCUGAGCCCUGAGCAGGGAAACACGGGCAAGGCAAGGAAGCUGCAGGAUGGAGUCCCAGCAGUGAAAACUGGGACAGGAGAUGGGAACUGCAUUGUUCCUGGUCAGCUGAUGAACAGAAUCCUCCUGGAAAACACCAGAGAGACUGUUAAACAGGUGACAGAAACUCAAAUCCACGAGGCUUCAUCAUGCCCCGACUGCCAGAAGAAGGAGGCAGAGCUGGCGAGGAUUGCCUUUGUCAGGCAAAAAAAGGCUCUGAUGGAAGGUGCUUUAAUCCAAGAGAAACUGGAAGAACAGAUUUACUCCAGAAACAUGCUCACACUUCUAGGAGAAGCCCUCAGAAGCUUUCCCAAACCUUCAGAGGAUCCCAGGGCCUCGUGGCAAAGGCUGAAAGGAGCUUCCCCCACCAGCAGUAGAUUUUUCUUUUUGAUCCAAAGAAACACUCGAAAACUCUGAUCAAGGAAUAUUGAUUCAUCUGCUGCCUUGUUUGUGCUUUCUGGGGUAUAAAAGGACUGUGAUGGCUCAAGGGGUAUUCAUAUGGAAAGCAGCUGUGGCUCAGCAACAAAUCAAUCUGCCUGGAAAAAAUGCUUUGGAGCUUUUUCUUUCUGGCCUUCAUGACACACACAGUUGCAUUAUUUAAUCUUCUGAAUGAUUGGUGAUGUGAGUUUAUUGCUCUGAACUUUGUGCAAAUAGAAGUUUAUCGUAUUUAUAUUAUGUGUAUGCUGAUAACCACUUUUGUGAUCUUAUGCUUUAUAACUGGCCCUUUGGAUAAAGUUGUAUUCUUCAAAUUAAAAUCAGUUUUCCUGUGGACUGCAGCAAGGGAAUUUUCACUUCCAUUUGCCCUUGCUUCUGCUAUGAAAAAAAUUAACCUGGCUGCCAGGCACAGUCAUUCCUUAGUCUCAUUUCUGUCCAUCUCUUGGGCCAUCUCUUUGUAUCUCCUCUAGGAUAAACUUCCAUCUCCGUCCCAACAGGCUGCUAGCACAGGUUUGAUGGGAAUUAAAUUCUAGUGUAAUUAACGUGCCUGGAUCUGAGCUGGGAACAAAGGUAAAUAUAUUCAAAGUUGAACUGGUCUAGUGGAAGGUGUCCCUGCCCAUGGCAGAGGUUGGAACUGGCUGAGUUUUAAGAUCCCUCCCAACCCAAACCAGUCUGGGAUUCUGGGAUAUUUAAAUAAUGAUUUGCAGCUACUGGGGGAAUAUGUCGUAGUCCCAUUGGUCCAGUUUAGGAUCAUAGAAUAGUUUGAGUUGGAAGGAACCUUCUAAAGCUCAUCCAGUC